AAUAUUGUAAUUAGUUUCGAUUUUCAAGGCAUGCUUACAUGAAAUUACUCAGUAUUUGAAGCUUGAAGUUGAUUGAAUUGUAUAUCCUCUGAAAUGGCGAAUGCGAACGGCCUAAGAAAUGGAUUAUCAGCUUAUCGUCGUGACGAUCACGAGGAAAUGCAAGCUGGGCCUCCCAUGGACCUUUCUUUCAAAAAGGCAACGAGUAUGAACGAUUUCGAUCUCCAGCGGGCUCGAUCUAUCCGUGUGGGCAAAGUGCCUUUGCAUACUUCCAGUCAGCGUUUCCUUACGAGUUCCCUCUGGCUUAGCAACAACUUGUUGAGCUCAAUGAGUGGAUUGGAAAAUCUGGUAAACAGAAUACUGGUAGAGCCGAGCAGUCUGGCUUGGCUAGAUCUCUCGUUCAACAACAUAAGCGAGAUUGACGAUGAAAUAACGAAGUUCCCGAAUCUCAAGAUAAUCUACAUGCACGGAAAUGCAAUUUCGAAUUUGAACACUGUUCCGAAGUUGCGAAAAUUGUGCAAGCUAAGAAACCUAACACUGCACGGAAAUCCAAUAGAAUCUGUGCCCUCGUACAGAUCAUUCAUCUUGACAGUCUUGCCGCAACUGGUAAACUUGGACUUUGCUCCAGUAGUAGCUGCUGAAAGGAAAAAAGCCCCUCCGGCUGGUUUUUCGAAAAUGAUGAACGCCUAAGCGUCUCUCGUUCGAAAUAUAACUUUUAUUUGAUUGUUACUUAAUAAAAUACAUUCAUAUCAUUUGUUAAUAGAGCCGCGAUUACACUUAAGUAAAUAUACCCAAGAUAAUAACUCGACGAAAUUACGUGUCAAUGGUCGCAUAGGAAAUGAAAUUGUAUUCUUUCUUACAAAAAUUCUGUCUGAUCAAUGGCGUCUAUGCUUGUUUCGAUGCUUCCCUGUUUUAUCUGGAUCCCCCCCUCUGUCUCUCGAUCUACUACGAGAUCUGUAGUGGCUACGGGACGACUUGUGGCUUCCUGAUCUUCGCCGUUGGGUCUUUUUCGGUUUGCGUGAUCUGCUGUGACUGUGACUCCGCGAUCUACUUCUACUCGAGUGUUUCUUUCGCUUCCCAUGUUUUGCAAUGUCAGUUCGGGAAGGGGAGAGGCUGGUAGAUCUAGAAUG